AACCAUUGUCUCUCUCUUCACUAGAGGUAGUAGUAGUAGAGCCGUACGUAGCUGCUGGUGCAGAGCAGGCGUUAGAAAUCCUGCUGCUGUGUCGAGAGAAUCAGGAGAAGGCAAGCAUGCGUUCCAUCUAGCUUCUCUAAGAUGUCCUGCUCCUUCUCUUUCUUUACUCAUGCCAUGCCGCUGUUGCUAGUACUUCUCUAUAUAGCUAGUCUGUAGCACUAUUCUUGUUGUUAAUUCUUUCACAUCAGCUAGUGCGUACGCAUGGUGGUUUGGUUCUGCAUGCUAGUUGUGAAAGAUGCAUGCGUCCUACUCCCUCUGUUCGAAAUUACUUAUCACAAAAAUGGAUUAAAAUGGAUAUAUCUAUAACUAAAAUACAUCUAGGUACAUUCAUUUCUUAGACGAGUAAAUUCGAACGGAAGGAGUAUCUCCCAAGAACUCCUCUAGAUUAUUUUGUCUUUUCUCACUUUCUAUCUUGUACCACAUGCCUUGUUCUGACUAAGUACGCCUCACUUUUACUUGUUGGACCGUACACUCGUUAUGCUAAGAAUAGCACAUGCAAGACUAGCUAAUCUUGUGCAGAAGCUAGAGAUGAUAUAUUGGUGAUCUUUUGAGAUAAUAUUUCCUAUUCUAAUGCUCCAGUCCUAAUGAAAAAUUUAACACUAAGGCAUCACGACGGCAAAAACAUUGUACCGGUCACAGUACAGGUAUGGGACUAUCGAGGUUCUCCGCCAAGAACGACACUCGUUCGGAAGCGUGUCGAUGAUGGAUCCGUAGGAGCGAUCGACACAAGUAAGGCCGGGUAGUCGGGUCUUAGCGGGUAAAAGAAUCUUGCUCAACUAGAGCCUGUGUGGUUUCAGUUGAGACUGUUGACGUCGGAGUACCCCUUUUAAGAGAAAGCGUGAAAUUUCAUCCCUGUGACUCCCGGGUCGGGAAGCUUGCGGUCAUGUGUGAUGCCAAAAUUAUUAUUUUCUAAGCACAUCUUUAUUUUCGUUACCAUUCUUGUUUCUUUUCUUUUCUUACGGCUAAUCCAUAUACUUGCUUCCGGUGUCACAUAUUUCCCCUGCUACAUGUGUGCUUGCUGAGUAUGUCAUCAUACUCACUAGCGGGUAGUGCGCGGCGGCACGCCGCGCCACAAGGAGUGAUAAGCUAUUUAGUUUUUAAUAUUUUGUAAGUGGUCUCAAAAUUUUAUUAAUGGCAAAAUAGUUCAUACAAGGCCCUGUUGAUUUGCUUGAGGUUUGUUGUUUUUGUGAAGUUUUUGAGAAUUUGUUGUAUGUUCAACAUGUGUAUAUCUUUGUAGUGGCGAAGAGAAUAAUUGCGCACUACCCAGCUUAUGUUGCUCCCAUCGUGAUCACUGAAUUAACACAUGAGUUGGAAGUUAGCAAAACUUUAAGCACACUAACUUGUCAUAGAUGUUUCAGAAAACUAAAUCUGCACAUGAUGUUGAAUGGAAAAAAUUAUUGGAGUUGGUAGAAUUGCACCCGCUGUUAUCAUCCACACGACCUUGCAUAUUCCAGCCAACAUAGAAUAUAUUGUCAAUAUUAUGCAAAAAAAACACAACUGAAUGAUUAACUGAGAAUAAAGUACACGUACAACAUAUUCUAUCCGAAUUGUAAAAUACUUCUAUUAGUAUCUAGAGAAUUUCUUGCAUUUAUCCAUCUUGUUAGUACUAUGUAUUUUGGACAUUGGUGCUGUCAUGCCAAGACCUCCAUAAAUGUAACAACAUAUUGGUUGACAAAGGUCUAUCUUCAUAACACCAUACUCUGCCAGCCCAUAUCAGUAGUAGCAUUAUAAUCUCAGCCUUGAGAUUCUAUUUCUGAAGAUAUAGAAUGUCACAGCUACACAAAUAAUUUCAGCACCAAUUGUGUUUUACCUUCAGUUCUACUACUAUCUAGAAAAACAAAACAAAAACAAAGAGAAAAAAUAAAUUAGGAGCAGCAAGUCACCAACACCACCUGUCCACCAACCGACCCCCUUGUGCGCACCACCUGUCCACCCCCCUGCUGCGCACUGCCUCCUCUGCUUUCGCUGUUGCGUUGCCUCAUGCCUGGUUGCGCUAAGCUAAACAUCACACCGCGAAAGACCACCACCACCUUCCGCCGGCCGCCGGCCACCUCCGGCCUGCCUACGCGAGCUCCUCCAGAUAGCGACAACCCCCUCACCUGGACGCGGGAACACUGCCGUGGAGGAGGAGGAGGAGAUGGAGUUCCUGUACGAUUAUGGCGCCACUGCCGUCGUCGCGGAUGUGGCAGCCGCGCUCGCGAGCACCGGCAGUAUCCAGGCGUCCUCUCCCUCUGUCGUCGCCUCCGAGGUGAGAGAAACCACAAAGGGUCCCGCCGACGGUGGAAGAGUGGAUCGAAUCGAACUGAUGUGCUGCUGUUAUGGUUGCGCUUGCAAAGAGGUACCAGAACGGCGAGCUGAAGAGGGCUCUUUCCGAGGCUGAAGCCUACGCCUUCAAGCUUUCUGGAAGAUGGCAUUAGGCAGUGUUCUUUCCGAUGGAGACAACUUCUGAUGCUACCUAGAUUGGCCGAUCUACUUUUUUUAUCAGUGACGCUACUAUCUAUUUCAUGAGGAUGCACUUGGCAGAUCUGUAAGAUCGCAAUGUUCAGCCUGGCUUCUAUGUUUGAUCUGGUGGAGGUGGGGGAAGAAAACAACAAGAAGAAGGAUUGUGGGAGGAAGUGGCGUGUCAUGUGGCGGCUGAGAAGAGGGAGGGGCAUGAAGAUGACGAGGAGAUGCAUUUAUCUACCACAUCAUGAGCAUGGGAUAUCAUCACAUGUUCUGUCCCCGAAGAGUACCCUGAUUACCCUAAUGAAGAACCGUAUCAGUGCAUCGAACCAUCAGUCAUUGACUACAAUGUGCAUGAAGUCAAAAUGUACUAGCACUCCCAUUGAUCAUGCCACUGCUCCUGAGCAUACAGAAGAUGAAGUUCCCGAGCCAACCUCUGUGGUGACUGGUGAAGAGAUAAAUAUAGACCAGGAAGUUGCUCCGCCACAUAAGAGUGCCAUAAUACAUGAUUUCUGCUUAGGGAUCCCUUUUGGUGGAUUAUUAUUUUCCAUGGGCCUUGUUGGAUUUCUAUUUUGGAGGAGUCCUGUAAGUCUUACUUUUGGCGUUGCACCUGGUCUUGCUAUAUUGGGACUUGCCGUGCUUAGUCUUAAGGGUUGGAGGAGUGGAAAGUCCAGCUUGCCAUUUAUACUGGCACAAGCAGCUGUUGCUGCUGCUGUAGCAUGGAAGCACUGCCAGGCGUAUGCCACAACAAAGAAGCUGCUUCCCUGGGGCUUUUAUACUGCGCUCAGUGCCUUGAUGAUCUGCUUCUACUCGUACGUGUUGCUUGCCGGGGGGAAUCCACCACCAAAGAAGAAGCCAGCAGCUGCUAUAUAAGUUGAGCCUUUAAGUCCUAUUGUUGUUGAAGUUGUGCUCUGGUAAAUGUUACUGAUGAUAGGGGUUGCGUUUUAUUACUUUUAAUUGUAGAACACUGAAAAAUAAUAAAGUUGUGUUCUUGCGUACAGUUUAUUUGGGUAUCUUUGUUACUUAAUGGAAGAGUCAGAGCAGAUACGAUUUGCUCUGGUUCUACAUGAACUUUUGUUCCUGAACAUCGCGCUUAUACCUUAAUAAAAUGUAGCUUUGUUGA